AUGGCUGGCGGCAAGGGAAAAUCGUCGGGCGGCAAGAGCUCCGGUGGCAAGACCUCGGCAGACGGCCCCAAGAAGCAGCAGAGUCACUCGGCGCGCGCUGGUUUGCAGUUCCCAUGCGGUCGUGUUAAGCGUUUCCUCAAGGCCAACACCCAGAACAAGAUGCGCGUUGGCGCCAAGGCUGCGGUGUAUGUGACGGCUGUUCUCGAGUACCUGACUGCCGAAGUUCUCGAAUUGGCAGGCAACGCCGCAAAGGACCUCAAGGUCAAGCGCAUCACGCCUCGCCACCUGCAGCUUGCCAUUCGUGGUGACGAGGAGCUCGACACCCUGAUUCGCGCCACGAUCGCUUUUGGUGGUGUGCUGCCUCACAUCAACCGCGCUCUCCUCCUGAAGGUCGAGCAGAAGAAGAAGAAUAAGGCCGCCCUCGAGGCAUGA